AUGUAGGAGGCAACCAUGGGCUUUCUGGAAAACUACCAGGAGAUCGACCCCGUCACCUUGAACCUUUGCAUCCUCAUCGCCAGCUACGUUAUCUUGCUCCUGGUGUUCCUGAUAUCGUGUAUCAUGUACGACUGCCGGGGCAAAGAUCCCACGAAGGAGUACGCCCCCGACCCGCAGCCGACUCAGUCUCCCAUCAGGCUGGUGGUGAUGCAGAGCUCGCCGGCUCCGGUGGCACGGUGGGACGGGGCCAACAUGAUCACGACCUACCACGAGCCGACGCUCUCGGACUUCAGGGAGAAGAAAAGCACGAUGGUCUAAUUAAGACUCAGAGACUCACUUUUUGUAAAUAUCUAAAUCUUGUUUUGUACUUUUUGCAUUUCUUUAUUAUUAUUUUUUUGUCGUUCUGGA